GAUAAAGCUAAACAAACGAACCCUGUGCCUUUAAAUAACCCGGAAGUAGAAAUUGUCGCUGAAGCGGAUAUUAUCGUGAGGCGGAGGUCAGAAGUUCUCUCUCACAGCCAUCUUGGAUAUAACGUCCUGAGUUGCAACUAUGCCUGGUGAAGCCACAGAAACGGUCCCAGUCACCGAACAGGAGAUGCAGCAGCCUCAAGUCGAGACUGCUGUUUCCACUGCGAGCAAGGCAAUCCCACUGGAGAACCCCCCAGAAACCUCUGCUCAAGCUAAAGAGAGAGCCUCUGCAGAAGAAGCUCACAGUCAGGCUACCUGUGACCAAGCAAAUGGUGUAGCUGCGAACCAAGAAGUGACCAGGGAAAUGGAAGCAAGCGGGUUGAACCCAAUAGCUUUCUCACAGCAAGGGCUCACUGCUGAAGUAGCAGGAGCUUCAGCUGGUUUGGCACCUCUCAAUGAGUCUUUGCAAUCUGCUGAUGCUGUGAGUGUUUCUUCAGAGUUGCAUAUUUGUGAAGGAGCAGUUACUGCUGGAGAGGAAAGUCAGUUCUUCAUUUCAGCCGAAGAAUUGACCACCCAAGAGGUUAUGCUGACUUCUGAAGAACAGUCAGGAGUACCUGGAGAAAAAACCUCAGCUGAUCCUAAGCUUUGUACUUCUGAAGAUGGGAAGGCCAGAGAUGAUGCGGAGACUGUGGUAGAAGGUUUAAAGAAUAUGUGCUUGGAUGCAGCUCAAGAUGGAGUAGAUGCCGGUGACGUGAGCAUCACCGUGGAUACUCAAAAUGAAAAUGUUGACAAGACGGAGCCUGUAAUACUUCUGUCCGAGGUCAUUCAGUCAAAGGAUGCCGCUAAAUCUGAAGCCCAACCUGUUUCCACCCGCCACCUUUCAGGAUCCGGCACUGAGUCGGACAGCGACGACUCAGUCCCUGAGCUGGAGGAACAGGACUCUGCACAGACACAGACACAGCAAGCUCAGCUUGCAGCUGCUGCCGAAAUAGAUGAGGAACCUGUCAGCAAAGCCAAACAGAGCCGCAGUGAAAAGAAAGCACGAAAGGCAAUGUCAAAGCUUGGUCUCAGGCAGGUAACAGGAGUCACUAGGGUCACCAUUCGCAAGUCAAAGAACAUCUUGUUCGUCAUCACCAAACCAGACGUCUACAAGAGCCCUGCAUCAGAUACAUACAUCGUCUUCGGGGAAGCUAAGAUUGAAGAUCUUUCCCAGCAAGCCCAGCUGGCCGCUGCAGAAAAAUUCAAGGUACCAGGAGAAACUGUAUCAAACGUCCAAGAAAACACACAGACGCCAACAGUACAGGAGGAAAGCGAAGAAGAGGAGGUUGAUGAGACCGGAGUUGAGGUCAAGGACAUCGAACUCGUCAUGUCACAAGCCAACGUGUCGAGGGCGAAGGCUGUACGCGCCCUGAAAAAUAACAACAACGACAUCGUCAAUGCCAUCAUGGAGUUGACGAUGUAAUGGGGACCCUGUCGACGAAGAGUUGACAAAAGGUUGCUGAUUUAAUCCAAACUCAUUUAUACAAUUUAUACCCAAGAUGGAAAUAAAGUUGUGGCUUGAUGAAAUUAAA